UUUCUUCCUUCUUUCUCCAACCAAAGUUAAGGUGCUUUUGUUAGGUAAGUAUAAGUUUUAGUUAUGAAUUUUGAGUUAGAGUUUUGGGUAGUUUAAAUUGGUGAGAUUUGACUUUAAUCCUUUGGUUUAUAAGAUUUUUGGGUAUUAAAUUUUUAUUAGAAAUAUUCUUAAUUUUGGGGCUUAUAUGAGAAGGAUAGAAGUCCUAAUAUUAUUUUGGACAUAUUAUGAAUUUGUUUGACAUUCGUAUGUGUUUGUGGUUAUGGAGGAAGUUGACCUAAGGUUAAAGCUUAGGGUAUUCAGUGGACCCUUCGGGGUAUUUAGUGGACCUUUGCGCAGUAGGGUUAAUACUGUGAUUAACUUCGGUACAGUGUUGUUAGCACACCUCAAUGGACUCUAUAGCAUUGUGUGAUUUUCGAUUUUAUGCAUUGCGCUUGUGACAUCGUAUUUGUGAGCAUAUGAUUUUAGCAUAUGAAUUCAAUUUAAAUAGUGAGAAUUAUAACAUUAUGUGAUUUGAUUCCGUUGUGUCUUAUGCUCCUUGUGUGGAUAGGUCUAAGGGUCUUAGGACCCAAGUUUAUAGCUUAAACUUAUUACUUACUGGGCUGUGCGCUCAUAAAAUCCCCCCAAUUUC